AUGCAAAAAAUUUAGAUGUUCCUGUCUCCGAAAUUAAAAAGUUGGAAGAUAAAAUGACCGUUAAAUUCUCAUCGAAAUCAUUACUUGUGGCAGUUUUUGCUAUUAUGGUAGUAAUGUUUGCUACUGGUGGAAUUCUCGUAUUAUUAAAAGACUCUCCAUAUGCCAUUCAAAUUGCAUUAGUAUUUGCUGGUUCUU